GCCUCCUCCCCCUGGCCUGCCAAACAUCGGGGUGACGGCGGAGCUGCGACCCUUACUUUAGCACCCCUUCCUCUGCCUCACCUCACCUUGGCCGGGUUCCACCCCGCAUGCUUUGAACAACUGCAAGAGCCCGCGCCCAGCUCGUGUUUACGCAGUCGCCCUCAUUGCAGACAAUGUAAACCCUCCACCAACUGGACAUCCCAAGCCAGCGCGCCUCGUCCUGCCCCUGCUCUCCUCCGCCGCGCCGCCGUCGUCGCCGCCGUCGUCGCCGCCAUGGCCUCGUCAGCUGCGCCUCCCGGGGUCGUCGACCCUACCAAGCCCAAGAGCUAUCCGGUCAUCCUCAGCGAUGCUCUCCUCGGGAAGUCGUCCAAGGAGGCGUUGACCGCCAUCAGAUACAACCACAAGCCCGAGCUGUCAUCGGACACGGCCCCCAACGCGGCCACGCUGAAGCCCUCCCCGUCCCAAGAUGACACAUUCAACCUCUCCUUCUACGAGAACGGGGGCAAGUAUGCAUACAACGGCACGCGGUCCGCCAAGGAGAACCAAUAUGUCCUGAUCUUCGACCCGGAGCGCAAGGCCUUUGUGCUGCACCGCGUGGACUCCAUGUUCCACAUGAACCUGGCAUGCACCCCCUACAACAGCGACGCCCAGGAGCUCAAGGACAAGUACCCACAAAUCGACAGCAACAUCCGCUCCACGACGGAAAAGAAGAAGGCACCGGCCGGCCGGCGAGACACCGCAAACAAGAAGGCCAGUGCAGAGAGCAAGAAGAAGGAGACGCCCGCGGCCAAGUCCGAGGCACCCGAGGCAGAGGCCAAGGCAUCGCAGCAGCCCCAGGCGGACAAGGACGGCAAGGCCAAGAAGCAACAGCGGAACCGCUCCCCGGCGGAGUCGGAGGAGGAGGACGACGACGACGGCGGCGGCCUGCUGGUCGAGUACCCAGACCCUGCCCCAUCGGCGCCGACGCGCGGCCAGGACUUCAGCCCCGCAUUCCCCACGGCGAUCCGGCGCUUCUCCGAAUUUGUGCGCGGAGAGGGCCCGGAGUCGGACGAGGACGCCGACGCCGAGUACGAGGAGGACAUCCUGGGCGAGGAGGACGACGACGUCUCGGGCUCGGGCGGCAACGGCUUCAAGCUGCCCAGCCCGGUGACCGCUGGCGGCGGUGCUCCGCCGCCGCAGGCUGAUGACGCCGGCGACAUGGACAUGGGUGAGGACGACUUCGAGGCGGAGCUGGAGAAGGAGCUCGAGCAGGAACUCAGCGGCUUGGACAUGGAGAGCGAUGUCAGCGAGGAGGACUGAUCGAGAGAGAGUAAUCUGGCUUUCGGCUUUUGAGUCAUAGAGGAUCUAGGGGGCGUUCCGGAAUCGUGUACGGUGUUCUGGCACUCGCUUUUGUGUAUCAGGCCAUUACGAAAUGUUGGACUAGACUUGCUACGGUUUCUAUCAAAAUCCUUUUUGUGA